AUGGUUGAUUUGAUUGUCCUCGUUCUGGCUGUUGUUGGCCGUGGUUCGCGGUUUGUCGUGUUCUGGCUCUGUCGCGAUGCGGCUCUGACACUUCGCCGUGGUCACGGCCUCUGCGCCGGGGGCUCGCUGGCACUCUACUCCAGCUCUCGAAAAGAAGCAUGGAAGAUCACAACUCCACAACCGCCCUCGGUUCACCCGCGCCCACACCAUGACGCCGCCUUUGACGCCUUGUCCCUCCCCGAACAAUUCCGCUCCGUCAUGCGCCUCCUCGCGAACUCAGUUGUGGUGUGCACCUCUGCCGGUGCCACCUCGGACUCGCCUACUCCUGUGCCCAGGGGCAUGACUAUGUCCUCCUUUACAUCCCUCUCGCUACACCCAACGCCCCUCGUCACGUUCAAUAUUGCGACCCCAAGCCGCACCCUUGACGCAGUGUCGCGGAGCCGCCAGUUCAACAUCCAUAUCCUCAGCGGGGAUGUAGCUGGUGCCAGGGUGGCCGAGUGGUUCCGGAAAGGCAAUGCCGACGAUCUGGGUGUGUUUGAGGCAGACAAACUCAAGGAUGAGUGCGGAUGUGAGGUUGUUGCGGCAGAGUCGUCGGGAGACGGGGCGGCGCCUUUGUUGAAGGGCCCCGGUGUACUAUUUGCCCUGCGUUGCAAUCUUCUAGGCGACGAGCCGGCCAGGGGACUGGUGAGGGUGAGGGAUCACGUCAUAGUGUUGGCAGAAAUUGUCGACAUCAUUGAGGGCGAAGGCGGAAAGUCAGAGCCAGGGCCAUUUGGACUGGCUUAUGCUGAUAGACUGUAUAGACAGCUUGGGUCUACGAUGUCUUUGGUCGAGGACUAG